AUGUCGGUUCACGAGUUUCUGGAGGUGUUAAAUCGGUCAAUUCGGCAAAAAGAUGCCAAUGCAUUUUCACAUUGUUUUGUAUUUUCAAAUUCUAGCGCGUUUUACGCAGAAUUAUCCUCAAAACUCCCACAGGACCCUAAAGGCAAAAGUAAACUCAAGGGUGAAAUACAAAAAAGUUUUGGAAAAAUACGAGGCUGGAAGGAGUCUGUGGUUUCGUAUCUGGAGUUUGUACAGAAAGCUGUUUCGGGAGACCCUAUAUCUUGUUGGUCUUCUCUACAAACUGUUUAUGUGAAUUUGACAACUUGCUUUGCACACCUUGAUGGAGCAUGGCUAGCAUCUAUCAUCAGAUCAGUUUCAACUUUUUAUGUGAAUUUGUCGAUUCAUUUAGAUAGAGAAUUUCCUCAAAACUCUGGUGCUUUGGAUACGAACGGAUUCCUUGAACGCAACUUUAUAAGUGAGGCAUCGCGAAACGUUCAACGAGCUUUCAAUGUUAUUUUGAGUGACCGACAACCCAGCAGUAGCCCUUCAAAAAAGGAUGCUGUUUUUACGAUUUCAAAUCUUUUGUAUAAGUUGUAUUUCCGUCUAAAGCAGAUACGGCUUUGUCAGACAAUCCAGGCCAAUGUUCUGUCUUCCGGCGUGUCCAUAAACCAAGCUACCAGUGCAGAAAUUGUUACUUUCCGUUACUAUCUAGGUCGUUGUCAUCUUUUCCAGCAUAAAAUUCAUCAAGCGGAAACGCAUUUAAGGAGCGCUUUUCUCAAUUGCCCAGAUGAGUAUUACAAACAAAAGAGACUAAUUUUAAUUUAUUUAACGACGUGUGGUCUCAUCCUUGGCAAAUUAACCAAGUCUUAUCAUUUAGAGAAAUACGGUUUAAUACCGAUAUUUCAACCAUUAAUCCAGAAUUUGAAGAAAGGUGAUCUUCGUUCCUUUCAACUUUCUUUGGAAGAUGUCUCCAGGCGAAAUUGGUUUAUAAAGCAUGGCAUAUAUUUGACCUUACAUGAUCGCUGUGAAAUUGUGAUCUGGAGAAACUUGUUUCGUAAAGUCUUCUUUAUGACAUUUCGAAAUGCCCAAAAAACCCCCCAUGUGAAUGGUCAGUUUUUAUUAACAGCGGCGCUUGUUAGUACGCAAGAUGAAACGUUUGAUAUUGAUGAUGUGGAAUGUAUAUGUAUAUCUUUAAUUGAUCAAGGAUACAUCAAAGGUUAUAUGAUUCAUUCAUCAGCUACGCUUGUUUUGAAGAAAGAUGCAGCUUUCGGAUUUGCUCCUAUAGAAAGUGUUAUGCCGAUUGUCGGAAAAGAUAGAAAUGAAGAGGAGUUUUUCCAGAAAUAA